GUGGAACUGGAGAAUAAUUUGAACAAAAAUGAAAACUUAACAUUAAAGUGCCACCAUAAUUGUGUAAACACUUAUGUCUCUUCAUUCCAUAUAAAUCAUGCUAAACGGAAACCUUCAACAUCGAGCAAAGAGGAACCUUCCAUGAAGAGAACUCGAAGGUCAAAUGUCGAAAACUUUGACUUCAAGAGUCAUUGUUUAUUUUGUGGACUUGAUUGCCCAGUGAAACGAGACAAGAAAAAUCCCCAUCGAUGGAAAGCAGCUUAUAUUUGCAGAACUGUAAACAAAAGUCUAGGUGAGAGAUCUCUCAAGGAAAGAAUCCUUGAAACAUGCAGGAAACGCUCUGAUGACCAAGCACGCCUAGUAGAAAUACGUGUUAGUGGAGCAGUAAGUGAUUUACAUGCGGCUGAUGCUAGAUACCAUGGUAAAUGCUAUUCAUCAUUUCUUGGGACAAGGAAUGUGUCAGCUGCAGUUUCUGGAGCAAGCAAAAUAGAGCUUAAUAAAACUGAUUUAGCUUUGGAGAAGGUUAUUGAAGAAGUACGAAAUGAUACAUCUAGAAUGUGGACGUCCACAGAGCUCUUGGACUAUUAUAUCUCUGCCGGAGGUGUUUAUUUCCAAACCGGCAAUAGAAGCAUAAUGGAAUGCAUUGUGAAAACAUUAGAGGGUGAAUUCAUUUUACUCUCAACAAUUGGCUAUGCCAGCCUUCUUAUCUCAAAAACAUUUGCUCAUCAAAUACUAAAAUUGAAGUCCCAUGAAGAUGAUGACAGUCAUAUUCACAUAAAAAACAUAUCAGCUAAAAUUGUCAAUGAAUGCAAGGAGGUGGCCCCUGAUAAAACAUGCUACAAAACCAGAUUGAGUCCCGAUGCAGUAAGCUCUCCUAUAAGUAUGACACACUGUGCCAAAAAGGUUAUAUAGUAAUAGAAUCUCCUGUUAACUAUGCUCUAAUAUCAACUGUCAUAGUGUGAAAUAUCUCCCGUAUCUCCCGUGUUGUAGAGACACAACCUAUACCAAGAGAUUUGGCGGACAACCAGUAUAGUUAGUACUAUUUUCAACUCUACGAAAUAUGACCUAAUAUAGGCUGCGUUAUAUAUCUAGGCUAACAAAUAGUUUGCCUACCACUCUAUUGGACCUAUAGAACCAGACAUACCCGC